AUGAGCGUUGGGUCCUCGGACGCCGGUAUGCCACUAUUAUUAUUUCCACAGCUUUUUUUGCCUCAAGAGGCACGAGUUUUUGUGCUUCAACACAAUAAUAUUUACGUCAACGACGCUGAACUCGAAAAUAUCAACUAUGAUAGGAAUACGCUCUUUGACCCAUUAUUUCUAGACUCUCCGAAUUCUCGGGUCUCACAAGAAUCUGAUUCCAAUCCUGAUGUCAGCGAAGAUGAAGAUAAUGAAGAGGAAAAUGAUUUCGAAAAUGCUCAAGAAGAAGGCGAAGACGACGAAGACGACAACGAAGAGGGAGAAGAAGAAAUGGAAGAGGAAAAUCGGGAAUUUGAUCUCUUCUUGAACGCCGAAAACGAUUCUGGAUGCCGCCGCUGCUUUGUUUGCGGUCUUCUCAUGCACUCAGAAGCUUUUGAAAGAGUCAAUAAAUCCGAUAUUGUUUUAUUAUUGUACUGUGAUAUUCUAACUGGUGAAGUAAGUCCGCAGGAAGCAACUGAAGCAUAUUUGAUGGUGCGCAAUAAUUGCUGCGCAAAUCAUUUCGCUAAUAAGGCAAAUCAGCUUAUGGCAGCAUUUGGAGAAAAUAAUUCGAGCGACAUUAACUUGAAAACAGAACGAUCAUUGGAACUUCUCGAAAUUUUUCCAAAGAAAUUCCAGAAGAUAAUUCCAAUAAAAUAUUUUCUUCAACAUCUCCAAAAUUUUGAGGCCAAAUGGCGCGAACAAUCUCCAGAAGUGGUUCGCGAGCACAUUUUUCAUGUCUCGAUUGACCAGCCAGGAUUUGGAAACAACGUCGUUGACGUAUGUGACGGCCAAGAAAAGACAGUUGUCGAUGGCGAUGAUUCCAAUAAUGGAAAUGAAUUUCUUGGCUUCUAA